CCACCCGUGGUUAAAAGGCAGAGCUGUCCUCCCUCUUCCUGCCGAGGUUUCUUGGGAUCCUGAGCUGCUCCAGGGAAGAGCUGAGGUGGCACCAUGAGCGCUCUCGGGGGGCUCCUGCUGUGCCUGCUGCUGCUGCUCCCCUCUGCAGCUCUGCCCAGGAACCAGGGAAGGGAUUCCCUGCUGGAAGCAGAAGGGAGGAAGGUGAGCAAUGGAAGCUCACAGGAGUCACCCAGGUCCAGGAGAGCUGCUGCCACUCUCCCGUUCUCCAAGGCUGAGCCAAAGGGAGCCAGAUGCCCGCAGGGAGCGGCUGAGGAAGAGGAGGGCCCGGGCUGGCCCCGCUCUCACCCGCAGCCCUGGCCCCUCGGGGGGCUGGAGGGGCCCGUGUGCAGGGUGAGGAUGGAGCAGGACGGGGCCCACGCGAGGCAGCUGGAGGUGGUGGGAGUGCUCAGCCACUACGAGAGCAGCUUCAUCAAACUGCUGCGGCGGCGCCGGAGCUGGGACGGCAACUUCCCCGGGAUCUUCGGGCUGUGCCGGCCCGGGGAGGCCGGGGCUGCUCCCCAUCCCCUGCAGAGGAUCCACCAGCACGUCCUGGAGCCCGGCCUGGAGAGAUUCCUGGUCCUGCACUUGGAGGAAGUGCAGUGGGAGGCGCAGGUGAAGCUGCGGUUCCAGCUGGUUUUCCAGGCGGAGGUGGGACGGGCGGUGGGAGAGCUGCAGGCGGCCGUGAUGCUUUUCUACCUGGGCCGCCGGGAGGGCUCCGGGCACCCGCGGGAGCUGCUGGCCACGGGCCCGGGGCUGCCGAGGGACCAGAGGCUCUGCCUCUCCAGGGACACGCAGUACCUGGCCCUGGCGGCCGCCGCAGCCUCGGUGACCCGCAGCGCGGAGCGGCUCCGCUUCUCGGCUUCCCUGAGCAUCCACGGCGGCGCCGCAGCAGGUGCCCCCCUGCCCCGCACGGAGGUGCAGCAGCUCCUGUUCGGCUCCGAUGACAAAUGCUUCACCCGCAUGACCCCGGUGCUGCUGCUGCUGGCCAAGUCACGGCAGCAGGAGGAGGAAGAAGAGGAAGAGGAGGCUUUGGCCCCAUCCUCCUACCUCUCUGCUGAGGGGGUGCUGGACACGGCUCCGUACCCAGAGCUCAGCCCACCCCAGGAGCUGCCGACCCCCACAGCCCCGGGCCAGGCCAACACCUCCAACCCAGCGCCCGGGGGCAGCGCCGAGUUCCUGGCAACCCUGAGCCGCUUCAUCCGGCAGCUCCUGAGCUCCUCCAGCGAGCCGCCCCCCCAGCCCAGCGCCCACCACCGGCUGGACUUCGAGAUGAUGGAGACCCUCCCUCACCAGCUGCUCAACCUGUCGGAGGAGGCGGCGCUGGAGCGGCUGGUGCAGUCGGAGGAGCCCUCGGUGCUGCUGCUGCCCCAGGACAGCGGGGCCGUGCUGGAGCAGCACCUGGGGGACUGGCAGCCGGAGGGCACCGUGCUGCAGCUGCUCAUGGGCAAACUGCAGCUGGUCAUCCAGGAGCUCAGGGAUAUCCCGGCUUUCCAAGCCAACGCGGCGCUUUUCCAGCACCUCCUUUCCUUCUGCUAUUACCCAGCCGAGCCGGGUGAGGCCGAGGCGGCCGAGCGGGGCCCGGGCUCCCGCAAGCUGCGCACGCUGCUGCUGCUGAAGGCGCUGCAGUCGGUGCGGGCGCGCUGGCAGGAGCGCAGGAAGGUGCAGCGGCAGAACCGCAGCGCCCGGCAGCAGGGGCACUGCCGCCUGCAGGAGCUCACCAUCGACCUGCGCGACAGCCACUUCGUCAUCAUGCCCACCAUGUACGCGGCCAACAACUGCGAGGGGCCCUGCCGGCUGCCGCUGUCCGCACGCAUCCCCAGCUACUUCUCGCACACGGUGCUGCUGCUGGGCAUGCAGGACCAGGGCUCGCAGCUGCGCAGGGCUCCGUGCUGCGUGCCCGUGCGCUACUCGGACCAGCUCAUCAUCAGCCUCUCCUCGGACGGGCUGGAGAUCCGCAAGUUCCCCAACAUGGUGGCAGAGGAGUGCGGCUGCCGGUGAGGCUCCCGCCGGCCUCUCCCCGCCCGCCCCACCCCGGCCCCUCUCCCGGUUCGCCCUCCCGGCUCGGGGUCUGGUGCUUCUCCCGUGUGUCCUUGCCCCAUGGUUUGGCUCGUUAGCGUCGCUCUGGUUCUGGGUUCAUCCGUGCCUGUCCCUGCUCCGUGUCCCACUGGGGAUGUCCCCUCCCGCUGCUGGCGGUGCCCGAGGUGCCUCUGCUGGGUACAUGGGGGAGGACAAGGCUUGGCAGAUCCAGGCAGGACCAUUCUGGUUUAUCCCUCACUCUCUGCUCCUGUGCAGGGAAGGGCAGCUGCUGGUGCCUCCAAGCCUCGCAGCAUCCUCUGGCCAUUCCCCAGCCCACAGGACCCCCCUGGCCACAGGGCUCUGCCUGUGACAGCAGAGCAAGAGCCCAAAUCCCCUGGCAGAGCCCAGCCCUGCCCUGGGGACGCGGCUCUGUGCGAGCGUGGCCGUGUCCUGGGGCUCCCGGCCAGGUCACAUCUGCUCACCCCGCGCUGACCCCGCGGCCGGGCCGAGGGGCGGAGGGAGGGAGCGAUCCCGUUACAGCUCCCGGGCUGCUCGCACCAUUCAUGGUGCCCGAGCACCUGCUCCGUGUCCCCGCCGGCGUCAGCACGGGCCGCCCGCCCCAGAUCAUCUUCCAGCCGAGCCAAACCUUUGGGAGCCGCUCCUGGGCUUGUCCUGGUUGCACCUCCUGGGGGUUUGCAGGGCUGGAGGUUGGUACCCACCAGUCCCUCCUCACAGACCUGCAGGAUGAACCCUGAAAACACACACACACAUAACCAGGGACAAGGGCUUUUCUCAUUUUCCUUUGGUUUUUUUACCCUAUAUUUUAAGAACUUCCACUUGAAUACCUUAUUAAAAAUGAAAAUAGUUUAUUUUAACCACUGUUGAUUUAGCAAAUACUGAAACCUGCCAUGGCUGGGGGCUGUGAACAUCUCUGGCUGUGUGAUAUUGCUCUUGUGUUUCCUUCCUAAAGCGACUCGGAGAAGGCGAGGCCUGCAGGGAUCCCCUGGGUGAAGGGCUCCAGCCCUGCUCUGUCACCAGCACCUCCUGGGCCACCCCAGUGAUGGCACUGGGCUGGCUGAGGUCGGGGUCUGUCCCUGAUGUCCCUUUGAGGACGGCUGCAGCCUGGUUCCGUAACCCAGAUUAUUCUUCUCUCUUGAUUUGCUUUCAAUAAAACCAUUAACCCAAGA